CCCGGAGCCGCACCACAAAGGGCCCGCGCGCAGCCACCGCCGCUGCGCGAGGAGCCAGGAUGGUCCUGGUCCACGUCGGCUAUCUCGUGCUUCCAGUGUUUGGCUCUGUGCGAAACAGAGGUGCCCCCUUUCAAAGGUCUCAGCAUCCUCACGCUACCUCCUGCCGCCACUUCCACCUGGGUCCCCCGCAGCCGCAGCAGCUAGCCCCGGACUUCCCGCUGGCCCACCCCGUGCAGUCGCAGCCGGGCCUCAGCGCCCACAUGGCCCCGGCCCACCAGCACAGCGGCGCGCUGCACCAGUCGCUGACCCCGCUGCCCACCCUGCAGUUCCAGGACGUCACAGGUCCCUCCUUCCUACCUCAGGCCCUGCACCAGCAAUACCUGCUGCAGCAACAGCUCCUGGAAGCUCAGCACCGAAGGCUCGUCUCCCAUCCCAGGCGGGGUCAGGAUCGGGUGUCUGUCCACUCCCACCGCCUCCACCCCAGCUUUGACUUUGGCCACCAACUGCAGACACCUCAGCCCCGGUAUCUGGCUGAGGGCACUGACUGGGAUCUCAGUGUGGACGCUGGCUUGAGUCCUGCCCAGUUCCAGGUGCGGCCCAUCCCUCAGCACUAUCAGCAUUACCUAGCAACUCCUCGAAUGCACCACUUCCCCAGAAACUCCUCGUCCACACAGAUGGUUGUCCAUGAAAUCCGAAACUACCCUUACCCGCAGCUUCACUUCCUCGCCCUCCAGGGACUCAAUCCUAGCCGGCACACCUCGGCCGUUCGGGAGAGCUACGAGGAGCUGCUGCAGCUUGAGGACAGGUUGGGAAACGUGACCCGAGGAGCUGUGCAGAACACCAUCGAGAGGUUCACCUUCCCCCACAAGUACAAGAAGCGAAGACCCCAGGACAGCAAGGGCAAGAAAGACGAAGGGGAGGAAUCAGACACAGAUGAGAAAUGCACAAUUUGUCUCUCUAUGUUGGAGGACGGAGAAGAUGUGAGACGCCUUCCUUGUAUGCAUCUCUUCCACCAACUGUGUGUGGACCAGUGGCUUGCCAUGAGCAAGAAAUGCCCCAUCUGCCGAGUGGACAUUGAGACACAACUGGGAGCCGACAGCUGAGGGAGGAGCUAGCCAGUGGAUGCCCCAUUUCCUUCACCAGGUCCCCUUCCUGCCCCCCACGGCCAUAGCCCUUGCAGCCAAACUUUGCCUUCUGAGCCAUUUGACGUAGAGAAGAAGCCUGCAAGCACAUUUCUUUUUCUUUUUCUUUUUUUUUCUUUUUUUGUGGGAAGAGGAGUUGAUAUCAGUGUCUGAGGGAGAGGAGGGGUAGGGAGGACCCACCCAUCCGAAAUGGUGAUGGCCUCAUUGCCUUGCUGCAAACCGGGGAGGGAGCUGGCCGUGAGCAGUGCAAGGGGCGGGAAGGGGGGGCGCCCACCUGCUGAGAACAGGAUGUGAUCUUGAGGGUAGUAGCUGCUGACCGGCCCCUCAAUCCUGUCCUUCGAAGGAUUGUGUAUAUACCUCUUGACCACGUAGAAACCAUGUAGGGGUCUCUAGCUAUUCUGUGGAUGGCAGCCAGAGCAUGUUAGCUUAAGAAAAAUGUUGUGUGUGGUGCUCUAGUCAUCUGUGGUGGACAUGUCGCUAUUACUGAACCUGCACCAAAUAUUUCUCAUUGAGUUUCUUGUUUUGGUGCCUGACGAACCAACAACCAACGACAGCCCCAAUCUUCCCGUCUUUAUGAGCGAAAAGA